AUGGAAGUCUCACUCAUCCCGAUGUUUGGCGAAACGGAUAGGUAUUAUAACAGCAGCAUCGAAAAGCUGUUCACCUAUGCCAAUUUUGGGCUCAAUAAAGGUGACAAAAUGGUCUAUAACACAUUUGGAGCAAUUGCCAAAUGCUUAACUCUUCACAUUGAGGAAGACGAUACGGCUGGCAAUGACGUUUAUAGCGAGGGACACUAUCUCUUUGACUCUAUGGAGCAGGGUUCUGAGCUAAGUGAGAACGAUGGCUACAAUAACACGGGGACGGCAGAUGAUAUGGAUGUGAACUACCAACUCGACAAC